AUAAAGUUCAACAAGUGUCAUCCAGCUCCAGUCCAACCGCAGCAACCUUAACAAAGAAGGACAGAGCACUUAUUCCUAGAAAGAAAACAAAAAAAACAUCCCUGGACUUCAUCCAUAGUCUGUUUUAUCCGCAAAAUAAUAAUAAACAAAUAACUUGUUUAGACUUCAGAGGGAGGAGAAGAAUGCUUCACCUUUAAAGAUGCUGUGCGCCUUUUCCGUCUGAAUUUUUGAAAAAGUAAGAAACAAGAGGAGACUUAAACUCUUCACGUUAGCGGCAGACAUUGGAGACAUUGGAGAUAGUUUGUAUGAUGGCUGGGUGUUGUAUCUCUGCGGAGGACAAGGAGAACCAGAGGAUCAACGAGGAGAUCGAGAAGCAGCUGCGGAGAGACAAGAAGGAUUCCCGCAGGGAGCUGAAGCUGCUGCUGUUAGGUACUGGAGAGAGCGGAAAGAGUACCUUCAUCAAACAGAUGAGGAUCAUCCACGGAGGAGGAUACACAGAUGAGGACAAGAGGAGCUACGCCAAACUGGUCUACCAGAACAUCUACACGUCCAUGCAGGCCAUGGUCCGAGCCAUGGAGGCGCUUGAGAUAGCCUUUGAAGAACCCAACAACCAGAGCAAUGCCAGCUCCGUCCUGGAGGUGGAGGUGGAUAAGGUGGAGGAGAUGGAUCAAAGCCUGGCAGCAGCAGUGGGGAGUCUGUGGAACGACAAAGGGAUACAGGAGUGCUACGAGCGACGCAGAGAGUACCAGCUGUCGGAUUCCACCAAAUACUAUCUAACUGACCUGGAACGAAUUGCACAACCAUCUUACAUACCUGACCUGCAGGACAUCCUCAGAGUCCGAGUGCCGACCACGGGUAUCAUCGAAUACCCGUUUGACAUGGAGAACGUCAUCUUCAGGAUGGUGGAUGUGGGGGGUCAGAGGUCAGAGAGGAGGAAGUGGAUCCACUGCUUCGAGAACGUCACCUCCAUCAUCUUCCUGGUGGCGCUCAGCGAGUACGACCAGGUCCUGGCCGAGUGUGACAACGAGAACCGUAUGGAGGAGAGCAAAGCCCUGUUCAAAACCAUCAUAACUUACCCGUGGUUCCAGCGCUCCUCCGUCAUACUUUUCCUCAACAAGACCGACAUCCUCAAGGAGAAGAUCGUGCACUCUCAUUUAUCAAAUUACUUCCCAGAGUACACUGGACCUCAGCAGGAUCCCACAGCAGCUCAAGAAUUCAUCCUGAAAAUGUACCAAGAACAAAACCCGGACAAAGACAAGACGCUGUACCCUCACUUCACCUGCGCCACGGACACAGAAAACAUCCGCUUCGUCUUCGUGGCCGUCAAAGACACCAUCCUCAGACACAACCUGAAGGAGUUCAACCUGGUGUAAAGAGGGAGCAACAUAGAACAAUUAGAUUUUUACACAGUUCCUUAUUCUUGUAGGACAGUUAACAAAAUGAUUAUUUAGCUCAGUGGUUGAACAUUUUAAUAUUCUGUGCUGUAAAAAAUCUGGCCAAAGACAAAAUGUGCCUGUUACUAAACUGCUGUCUGUGUAUGGUUUGUUAUUAGUUUCCAUUUCAGCCUAUGUAGAGAUGCUUUGUAAGAAGAGGAGGCUUUGACUUAUAGACUGGAGUAUGAAAAGUUUUAUUAUUAUUAUAUAUAUAUAUAUAUAUAUUAUAUUAUUGUUAGCUACUUAGUGGGCUACUCAUUAAAUUACUUUUUAGAAAGGCCUAACAUAAUUAAAGUGCUUCAACCCUCUCAACACACAUUAUCCUGCGUAUCACACAGCUAAUUAUUUAGGACAACAAACAUUUGAAACAAAUUAUUACUACUGCUUCCGUAUCCGGUGUCCAUAGCAACGGUUACCUACCCAACUCUGUAGCCUUCAUAACGUGAGCUAAAGUAGCUUUCGGUGCUCACAUUAAACGGAACUUUUCCACUCAUAGUGAAGUGAGAUGAGGGGAACAGGUCCGCAUGAAUCAGCUGUAUGACUUUUUCUGCAUCUUCAUGUCUGUGUCUGUUGGCAUUUUAUUUUCCCUUUACCAGUCUUUAAACAUAGUUGUAUCUACGACGGAGGAUUAGGGCCACGUUAAAAAAUAAAUAAAAAAAAUUAAGACUUUAAUCUCGUAAAUUUAAGACUUUAAUCUCGAAAUUUACGACUUUAAUCUCGUAAAUUUACGAUUUUAAUCUCGAAAUUUAUGACUUUAAUCUAAAAAUUUAUGACUUUAAUCUCGAAAUUUACGACUUUAAUCUGAAAAUUUGACUUUAAUCUCGUAAAUUUACAACUUUAAUCUCGAAAUUUAUGACUUCAAUCUCGAAAUUUACGACUUUAAUCUCGUAAAUUUACAACUUUAAUCUCAAAAUUUA